GUCACCGCGAGACUUCCGGGAGCGAGGCUAGCGUCAUGUGACCUGAGGGCGGAAGUUGUCAUAUCAACUGAAAGCUAGCAUUAAGUACAAGACUAACGCCUCUACUCAAAAUUAUCGGUGUAUAUUGUGUAUUAGUGCGUGGUUAGUCAUGGCUUCCAGUCAUGCAAAGGACUCCAGCUUUUUGGGAGGCAGGAUACCACCAGAAAUUGAGUCAAUGUCGAAAAACCUGAAGGAUGUGGACCAAGAGAUGUUCAGAAAAAUCCUGAAAGCUGUGGUCACUGCCCUGGAGGGGAAGGACUGCAGAGACGUGAUGAAGGCGGUAGCAGAGAGCAGUACCAUCCCACAGGAUCGGCUCAGUCACAUCAUAGCUGGGAUGUACAGAGUACUGUCUGAGGCAAUCCGCAUCCCCACAUCAUCACUCAAACAGGAGGCCUUCAAAGAAGAUCUCAGAGAAUUAAGGAUACCUGAAGACUUUAUCACAGAUUUCUCCAGUGUGGUUUUUGGAAAUCGUCGCGCAGCUCUAGAGGCAGCGACCUCCCGGAAUGAUCCUCACCUGCCCACAAUAGAAGACUUUAAAUGGAGAGUGGAUGUUGCCAUUUCUACAAGCUCCUUAGCCAGGGCCCUGCAGCCUUCUGUCAUGAUGCAGAUUAAACUAUCAGAUGGAAGUUUUCACCGCUUUGAGGUGCCACUAUCUAAGUUCCAGGAGCUUCGUUACAACGUGGCUUUGAUUCUCAAAGAGAUGAAUGACCUGGAGAAGAGGAGCAUUCUCAAAAUCCAAGAUUGAUAUACCAUUAGGGAUGUUAGUAAAUUUAAAAACUUUUCUACUUGGCUUUUAGUUUGUGCAUCAAAUUUACAAGAUUCCACAAUCUCUCAAAGGACAACAUUCAUUUUAAGACUUUAAAAUAUAAAAAAUUAUUAGAGGGUGUUGGCAUCCAACAUACCCGAGUUUUGUCAGAAUGUCAAAUGAGUAAAGGCAGGAUGGUCAGCAGGCUGCACCACAGGACUAAAGACAAGACAGUUUCCUGUGUUUCAGCCUGUAUUUAACAACAAAUCAAUUAAAUCAGACUGUAACACUUAUUUUUAUGCUUUGUUGUUAUUAUUUGGUUUAGUGGUCAUUAUGUUUGAGAGAGUUGCAAGGCUCCAUUGUGCCAAAAUACAAAUGCAGGCAAGUAAACUCAGAGACUCCCACACUAAGUGGCCACUCUAACUGGUGUCGUGUGAUCUGCUGUUGUUUGAGACUGAAUAUUUUGUUCACAUGCUCCUGAAACAUGAAUGAAAAUGUGCAACUGAUGUGCAUGAAUGAACAAAGCAAUUUUUUUUUUUUUCUUUUUUUUUUUUUUUUUCUUUUUCUUUUUAUGCUCAUGUUUUUAUACCUGUUCUUCAAACCAGUGACAGAACAAAAGGGUUAUAGCACUAUUGUAUAGAAAGUAAAAUGAUGAUUUUUCUGUUAUUUUGUAUGUGUUUUCCAUAAUAUCAAGAGUUUUUGCCUCUUGAACCAUUCUUCUAAUAAAAUCUGUCUGUUAUUGUAUUGGCAAAGAAUAGAUUAUUUUUUCAAAUUUUAAGUGUGUCAGAGAGGUAAUGAUUUAUGUGUCAUUUUAUGAAGGUUUAACACUUUUUAACCGUACAACCAUUAGCAGCCUCACUACAAGUGACAUAUAGCUGACAGAUCAAAAGCUCUCCAUCAACAAAGCCUUCAAUCAUACAGUGAUUGAAUGCUUAUACAAUUUAUUGUGUAAAUGAACUGAAACAGUAAGGGAAUGUCUCCAAAAGCUCAUACUCAUG